AUGUCAAUACAUAGUUUUCCAUAUGGCAUCGGAAUAAGUGAAAUAAACACAUCAGCGGAUUUGAACUGUAGCUUCGAAUUAAUAUGUCAGUGGCGUAAUGAUACUAUUGGAGAAGACAGUGGCGAUUUCUUGAUAGCACACAAUAUCAGGGUGGGAAACCGUUUCAAUAUAAUUCCUUCGAAAGAUAAUUCAAAUGAGGUAUUUGCAUACACACAUGGACCUUUCGACGGAAUGCAAAAAGCUACUUUAAUAAGCGAUACGAUAAGCUGUCAGCUAGGUGGUGGCACUUUAGCGUUCUGGUAUUAUCGCACGGGUGAUUCAGCAACGUUAGAAGUGUGUGUGCGUCAACCACCAGGAAGCUUGAACGUUGCCGAUCUGAGAUGCUUUCCUGUUUUCCCCAAAAAUCAUGCUCAUCAAUGGUUAUUCAAUGCCAUUGAAUUCCCACCGCUUACUCAACCAUUUGAACUUUUGAUACGCUCAAAUUAUAUUCAGCCAUUUGAUAUAAUUGCAAUCGACGAUAUCAUCUAUGAUGCCGCACUUUGUGAGAAUAUCAAUCCCCGAUCAACUGAAGGUGCUGGUGGCAAAUUCAACUUUUUCGGCACUUUAAAAGGUAGUUUUUUCGACGUUAAUGGAAUUGAUUCAGUGAACAAAAGCCUCGUUCCUUUUCUCACAAAUGGACAUCGAAAGAGAUUGUUCCCGUUACAUACUUCACCAUCAUCAAGAAAAUCAACACCAAAAUUGACCACGGGACGUAUCGAUAAUCAACUCAUUUCAUCUUGUCCCCUCACGGAUUGCUUCUUUGAUGACGUUAACAUGUGCAAUUACAAAUCUGAUGAUCAGCUCCAAGAUGAUGAAGAUCUUUUGCUGGAUGGCUGGUUUGCAUAUGCUGGCGAAACCAAUAAUCCAGCAACAAUAUUCCUUAUGCGAACAUCGAAAGCGAUAAAUAUACUUGAAGAAUCGCGAAUUAGCUUCUAUACACACAUGGCCGGCAAAUAUGGCCGCUUACGAGUCUGUUUGGAUUCUCUUCACAAAUGUCCAUUUGAAAGGACUGGACAGGCGUUGAGCGUGCAAACGAGAAAGUGGACAAAUUUUCAUAUCAAUGUAUCAUGUGGAUUCCACACGAUUUAUUUUGUGGCAGACAAAUUAAAAAAGAAUUAUGUGAUUGGACUUGAUAAUAUUCAAUUACUAAUCAAACAUGGCGAUAUUUCUACUCCAUGUGCACAAUAA